AUGAGCUCGGCCAGAAAGCGACCCAAACUACAGCGUGGCUUAAGUGGAGUAAAACGUCAGUUCUCUUGGCGACAACCAGUAAGACCAUUCAUAAGCUCUACAUUCAAGGAUUUUGCUGAAGAACGAGACUAUCUCGUCAGGAAAGUCUUUCCACAGAUCGAUAAUUUGUGUCGGCAACGUGGUACAUACUUUGCACCAGUGGAUCUUCGGUGGGGAAUAAACGAUGAACAGAGUAACUCAGGAAAUGUUGUCACACUGUGUUUGGACUACAUUAACAGAUGCACACCUUUUUUUAUUUGUCUCCUCGGAGAACGUUAUGGAUCACACAGACCAAUUGAUGCACCACCGUUGCAGAGGAACUGCACUGAUAUUCCUGACGAUUCCAGCUGGUUGGAUAAAAACUUUCUUGUAGCAGCUAGCAAUGGCUACUCCUGGGUUUUGCAAGAGUCACACCAAACUUGCAGUGUGACUGAAUUGGAAAUUAUCCAGGCUGCAUUUCUCAAUGACAAUGCUCAUUGUCAUUUCUACUUCCGUGAGUCCGUCCACAUAGACAAUUUAUUUACAGACCUUCCAGAAGAAGAAAGAGAGAUACUAUUGGAGAAAUACCAUGCAGAGAGUGACUAUGCUGAGCUCAAGAUGCGUGAUUUGAAAAAAAGAAUUGUCACAAAAGGUCUUCCUGUUAAAUAUUUCCAAACUCCACAAGAACUUGGGAGAUUGGUUUUGGAAGAUUGGACUGGUAUUAUUAAUAAAAUGUAUCCGGACAUCAAUGAGCUUAUACUAGGCAUGGGUGGGGAACAGUUUCAGGAAUGGAUGGCACAUGAGGCAUUUGCUGAGACAAGAAGGCGUGUAUUUGUAUCCACACCUGACAUCCAAGCACUGUACGCCAAACUGGAUGAGUUCGCUGAAUCUUUGUUAGAUGAAUCACAUGAAGACAUUACAGAUACCACUAUUACAACACAAGACCAUUAUACUAUACCAGGAAAACUCAAGGAGCCAUCGCCGGCAAAGUAUAAAUCAGUUUUUGUCGUCACAGGGGACAGGGGUUGUGGUAAAACCAGUAUACUUUCAAACUGGGUCAAGGAAUUCAGAGACAACAAUCGUGAUAUUAAAGUGUUGACUCAUUACGUUGGUGCCAGCUCUAUUAGUACAGACGUUACAAGUUUCAUGAGACGUGCUACGUACGAGUUACGUGAAGAAUACAUUGGUGAGCAAAGAGACAGCAAUUCAUCGGACGCCCAAGAUUUGUCCGAUUUUCAUCGCAUUAGUGAAGCAUUUAUAGCUGCCCUGGGUUUAGGACCUUGUGUCCUUAUUCUGGAUGGUAUUGAUGAACUUAGUACCACAUUUGGUGUCUCCGUACAACAGGUGAAAGAGAUGUCUUGGCUAUCAGCGACAUUACCACCGCAAUGUAAAAUCAUCUUAACAACGGUGAAGUCUGAUUUGUCAUUCCGAGGUCUAGCCAUGAGAAAAGAUGCCAUAUUUCAUUCGGUAUCGUUAAUCACUGAUCCCGAUAUCAGAUGUAGCAUCGUGGAAGAACACUUAGCAGUCCACUGUAAGAGUCUGGACAAAGAGCAAAUCAACAUGAUUUUAGAAUGUAAACUCAGUGAACGACCUUUGUUUCUCUGUGUUUUGGCCAAUGAGUUACGAGUUUGUGGUACCCAUAGAAAUCUAAAUAAACAACUACAGAUUUAUUUAGAGUCAGCCAAUAUACGAGAUUUAUGGAGAUUAAUUAUUGAAAGAUGGAUCAAAGAUUACGGCUGGACAACUGAUCAUCCCUACUCAACAAGCACUGCAACAUUUAGUAGUUCAACAACGCCACCGCCAGUUGCAUUGCAAGGUUGGGUGGCGGAUGCACUACGACUCAUUGCUGUGUCCCGUAAUGGCCUAACAGAGAAAGAAAUCCUAGAUAUUUUAGAAAUCAUUGGAUAUAGUGGUCCUGCAGCUGUUACCUCCUUUGAUUGGGCAUUAUUUAGAUCUGCUGCGUUAGACUCAUUGAUGGAGAGGCCCGGUGGUAUUGUUGGAAAGUCCACCAGACCUACUACCAACCCUGGUUUACCUCAGUUUUGGGAAAGACAAAAACAACUGUAUCACAGUUAUAUUGGCAGAUACCUAAUGAAACAAGAACAUAACCAACGAAGAGUGGAGGAGUUGCCAUGGCAACUUGAAAUGAGUGGGGAGUUGGCAGCUUUGUCUCAGAUAUUAAGUGAACCAAGGACAUUUUCAGCCAUGUGUGGGGGAGAGGAUGAUACAUUGAAAUUAGAUCUUCAUCGAUAUUGGAAAACGCUAAGAGACGCUGGCUUUGAUCCAUCAACAAUUUACAAAAAUAUGAUAGAAAAGGCUUCACAGAAUGAAGCAAUCACAGACAGAACUGAUAGUCAUAUUGAGAUAAUAUUUGAUAAUGACCAAUCUAGUGAGAAAACACAGUCAGUCUCCGUAGAUGAUGUCAGUGAGAAAGGAGAUUCACAUAAAUCUGAUUGUCAGAAACCUGAAUUAAAGAAGCAGUUGUCUGUGAUUGAAGAAAUAUCAAGUUCUGACAACUUACUAGUCAAUCCAUCUGACAUCUCCAUCCCAGUGCUUGAUGAGGAUAGAAUAGAUAAAAUAGAUGAUUUGUUUCUGAGCUCAGCAUCAGAUGGUGAUAUCUUUGAUGCUACAAGUGCUACAAAAGAAUCUGAUAUAUCCCAGUGGUGUAUCAACUCUGUAGAUCAUGAAUCAGAUAGUUCUAGAGAAGAAGAUUUCUAUGAUGCCCAAGAGAAUGUGAAUAGUGAAAUCAAUGCAGGAUUGUCUAAAUGGAGCUCUGCAGAAGAAUAUUUGACUGCAGAAGAUGAAGUUGCAGAACAACCUCCCAUUAGCAAGCGUGAGUUAGCGUCAUUAUCUAGAUAUGCUGGACAGUUCUUAUCUGAACUGGGUCACUUUGACAGAGCUAGAGAACUAUUAUUCAUGGCAUAUACCUACAUCAAAGAAAAAACACCAUUGUCAAGUGACGAGUUAUUGAUACGCUUUAAGAUUGAAGAAAGUUUAGCAGAAUGGCACUUUUAUCAACUGAAAAAUGAUGAAGCUGAGAACUUUUACAAGAAAUCACUCAAUACUCUGUUAGACAUACCAGAAGAGGAUUGCGUCACUGAGUACAAUACACAUAUGGAAAGUAAAGGUCGUUUAUUGAAUAGACUUGGUAAUAUCAAGAUUUACAGUGGUAACUGGUCAGAAGCUCAAGCAUAUUUACAGGAAGCCAAAGAGUGCAUGAACUCUGCCAAAAGUACAGCUGGGAGGGCUACAGUCUAUUAUAAUUUAGGUGUUUAUUGGUUGCGUAAACACAGACAUGAAAAAGCGGAGCCCAACCUUCGCCAAGCACUUAGUCUAAGAGAGCGUUGGUAUGGUACAUCUCAUCCAUUGGUUGCUGAAGUAUUAGACAAUCUUGCGACAUUACUAUCAGAUCGCUGGAAUCACAUACACUUUGAUCGAGCUGAAGCUGAGCCAAUGUUUAGGAGAGCUUUACAGAUCAGAGAAACCAGCCUUGGACCAAACCAUCUAUUAUUUGCUACAACUCUAUUUCACUUGGGCCGAAUGCUAAAGGACGAUGGAAGUCGCCAAUGUAAGAAAGAAGCCAUUCAAUUACUAAAAAGAUCACUGGAUGUCAGAUCCACAAUACUGGGACCUAAUCAUAAACUCACAAAAGCUGUCAGAAUGUGCUUGAAGCAGGUUGAAAGCCAGCUCGCUCAUGGUGAAUAUGACUAUGCGCCAGUGAAACAACCUGAUAAAAGAACUCCAGAACAGCCAUAUAGUAGCAUGAGUUGGCAUGAUCAAGAUUUGAUCAAAUUAGAUAAAAGGCCAUCACCAAGAUUUUCACAAAGACCAUUAUCGCGAGGGGAAAUCAAUAGAGGCAGCAGCAGUAGCAGCUCAGUUGGGAGAAGAUCUCACAGGUCGCAAGUCACAAGUAGUAACAGCUUCAGACUCGAUGAUGGUGGCAAUUACCCUAGUAGAAGUGAAUCAAAACAAUCAGGCUAUGACUCCAGGCCAGUCAGUCAAGGUAGAUCCUCGAACUACAAUCAAUGGCAAGAAGUGAGAUAUAAACAGCGGAGUCAGCGGAGUGGGAGUGGAUCCACCGUUCAUAGUGGGUACUCAAAUAGACCUGUUAGUGCUAUGGAUGCUGACUCAGUACAUCGUGUCAAGUGUACUAUACCUGGCAAGUUUACGAUAGAUUCCAGUAAUGCAAAGAAUGUUAUCCAUGGUCCUCAUAUACAGAUACAGAGUCUACUUGGAGAACCACCAUGUCCACGACCACUCACCGGCUUAGUUCAUACCUCUUCCUGGUACCAUGUACCCGGACGAUAUUCCAGACCAGGUCAGUACUAUCCACCAAAAAGACAUCAAAUGAGACCAAAUAAUAACUAUCAGCAAUCAUCCAAGAAAAAAAAUAGAGAAGAAAUAAUCACCGCCGAUGUUAAGAAGCUAACAGGAAUGUCAUCGAGGAAAACAACUCAAGAAGAGAGUAAUGAGCCAAGGAUUGAAAUGAACGGGAACAGUGUCAUUAAUAACGACAAACUGACUGCUUCUAUAUCCAAAAUAACAUUCAAAGAAGAUGUUGAAAUCAAUCAAUAA